AUGACUUGCGGUGCGGUGCUGUCCGUGCACAAAGGAAAGAUGAAUGAAGCGGCAGCAGACAGUGUAUGGUGGAAAAUUGUAAUACAUGGAGGUAUUGAUGGAUACAGCCGGCGGAUUAUGUUUCUCAGUGCCAAUACCAACAACAGGGCUUCCACUGUACUCCAGUGUUUUCUGACUGCUGUCGCUGAACAUGGUUUGCCACAACGCGUACGAAGUGACAAAGGAGGAGAAAAUGUUGAGGUGGCCAGGUUCAUGCUGGAACAUCCAGAACGGGGCCCUGACAGACGUAGCCACAUCACAGGGAAGAGUGUCCACAAUCAGAGGAUUGAAAGGCUGUGGCGUGAUGUGUGGGUCAUGGUGGUGUCAAACUACUACCACACCUUCAGGUACUUGCAAGAGGUUGGAUUGUUGAAUCCCGAUGAAGAUAGCCACAUCAUCUGUCUCCACUACAUCUUCCUACAAAGACUGAACUGGUAUCUGAGGGAGUUCAUCAGGAUGUGGGACAGGCAUCCCCUUUCCACAGAGGGAAACAGGUCCCCACAACAACUAUGGGUGGCUGGCUUGCUUUUGGAGCCACAACAGGAUCUUCAUCUGGCUGAUGCUACAAACUGGGGCAUUGACUGGGAAGGACCUGUUGCAGAGCCUGACCCAGUGGCUGUGGUUCAGGUUUUACCAGUCCAUUCAGACCUGCAGCAGACAAUUGAGGAGCAUUUAAGGGGUACGAUUGAUCCAUACAUGACCAGUGACGUCUUCGGUAUGGACCUUUACUGGCAAGCUUUGUCACUUGUUGCACAGCUUCACUUACCGGACUAGUUCUGCUAUUUUGUGCUAUAAGUGAGCAAACUAUUUAUGUGACA